CCAGCGGUUCCACCAGUGGGCCUAUAGCCCCAGCCAGCCAGCGAGAGCCCAAGUGACAGCCCUGAGCCGCAUCACCCGGAGCUGGCUGGUGGAAGGAGAUGGUCCCGCCCUAUUGGAUCGAGUGGUGCUGGACCGGUGCAUCCGGGCCCUGCCCCCGGAUGCGAAGAGGUAUGUUGCCCAACAGGGCCCCCGAACACUAGAACUAUUAAUUGCCCUAUUGGAGAAUCACCAGGUCACGCAGGAGAUGCUGCGGACCAGCCGACCCGACACGGUAAGAGGGACAGCCGGGGGAUACAGGCUGGAGAAAGGCCCCGCCCGGAGAAUGGCUGAACCCCUGGAGCCGCGACCGCUUGGGCGCCCUACAGCGCCCCCAAGGGGACCCCCGGAAAGACGCAGGUGCUAUACCUGUGGAAGAGAAGGUCACCUUGCCCGGGAUUGCCCCGACCGGGAUGAGCCCAUGCCCACCGCAGAUACGUCGGAGCCCCCGGUGUUCCCGUGCCGAUACAUCACCACCUGCUGGGCACAUGAGGGAGCCAGAGCCCCAACAUUUCCGGUAACCAUCGGCGGACGGGAUACCGAGGCCCUACUUGACUCGGGCAGUAUGGUGACCCUCAUCCGGCCGGAGUUUGCGGGGGACUCCCGAGGUAAGGCAAUUGCCGUGGCCUGUAUUCACGGGGACACUAAGCAGUAUUUCACGGCUGACAUUAUGAUGACCACCCCCCGAGGCUCGGUGGCCGUCCGGGCAGGAGUCGUGGAGAACCUGCCCGUCCCUGUACUGGUGGGCCGGGACUGUGCUGUAUUUGGUAGGUACUGGAAGGAGUCUCCAGCGAACCUCGAACCAGAGGGCAGGCGCAGACCCCAGAAGAGGCGACCCCAGCACACCGAAGGGGGUACUCAACCGGCCUGGGCUGGCCUCUCGGGGGACAACCAGGCAGGACCGACGGAUGCUGCGGGUGAGGGGAGGCCGCAAACCGGCCGUACUAAGGAGACCACCGCCACCGCAUCAGAGGCCGUAGCCGAGAACCCCGUCGGCCUGGAGGAGGUAGGCUCGGAUGAGACCUUCACUGAGUUUGCACCACAGCCAGGGAGCCAGACCGGGGAGCAGGGUCGCUUUGGAACCGCGCAGCUGCAGGAUCCCAACCUGACACAGGCCUGGAGGGACGUCCAGAAGAUCGAUGGGCAGUUACUACCGGGGAGGUCCCCUUCCACCGCAUCGCCAUGGACAUCGUGGGCCCCCUUCCAAGGUCCAGCCGGGGGCACAAAUAUAUCCUGGUCAUCAUGGACUACGCUACCCGGUUCCCAGAAGCCAUUCCGUUGCGGACGGCCACCGGGAAAGCUGUAGCCCGAGAACUGUUCCUGCUGUU